AUGUCUAGACUUCUUCGCACUGCAACCACACGAUCUCCCAUUUAUACGUUUUAUAGUUCAAAUGCUAAUGUUGAUCAUUAUGCUGUAUUAGGAUUGAAGCCAGAGGCAACAGCUAAAGAUAUCAAAAGUGCUUAUUAUAAACUGUCAAAGCUUCACCAUCCUGACACUAAUCGUACGGCUGAUCAAGACUCUACCAAGAAAUUCCAUGAGGUAGCUAAAGCCUAUGAAGUUUUGGGAUCCGAAGACCAGAGGAAAGUUUAUGACAUGACUAGAAUAAGGAGGACAGUAGAUACAGGUGCAUUCCACCAGAGGCGAUCUCAACAAAAUCGGAAAGAAUAUACUGACAUUGAUAUCGAUUACAAAACUUUCGAGCAAUUCCAACAAAGCACUAGGAGACGUCGACAGUUCCAUUCACAUUUCGAGAUGCCAAAAGAGUUUUAUACUGAAUUUGGUGGCAGAGAAAGAGUGUAUAGAAGUGAAUUCGAGGAGAAAACAGCUAAAGAAUCAAGUAUGUACAAAGACAGUCGAGCUAGGAGGAGGGAACAAGAAGAGCUGGAAAGGGAAAUUGAGAGGGAAAAGGAGCGCCUACAAUCUAAAUAUCCUAUGCCGACCUUCGAAAAGAUGAUUCAGGAAAAACGUGCUAAAGAACAAGCUGAACAACGAAAAUACUUAUUGGGAUUAUUAGGAUUUUCUUUCGGAGGAAUGUUUUUGUUCAUGUUGAUCAGAAAUUAA